AUGCCCAACUUGUUCCUUCUAAAGUCAGCUUGUAUGAAUAAGAUGUGGAAGGUGUAUAAAGAGAAGGCGAUCCAUUCACUAGAAGAAAAUAAAUUCCACCUUGCCAGCUUCCCUCUUAUAGAGAUGAAAUGGGAUGAUAUGGAUGGAGAAGAUCAAAAAGAUGUGGAGAAGAUGCUUGAAUCAAAGAUCUGUGGAAUAUUCGGCUAUGCUGCCUCGGGAAAAUCAAGGAAAAUAGAAAUAUUGAUAAAACGUGUGCUGGAGCUUGGGAGGCGGGUCCUGCUUUUCCACUGCGGAGGUGUGUUGUCUCGAGAACUCUGCCGACAUCGUUGGAGGGCACAUUCAAAUGUGCAAGUUGUUUCCUGUUCUUUCGAGACUCUCCAGGACAUCAUUAAUCAUAAGGAUGUUAAAGAAGCUCAAGCGGAGGUGGAUGAGGGUGUGCCUCUCUCGGUUGUCGUUGUUGAAGACUGUCCAAUGUUCCUCAGAACUGAAUGUGAUAUUGAGAAAGUUUUGCGGGAGUUACAUGAAAAGAAAUUGAACCUAACCUUGGUUUUUAAGCCUCAUUCAAAUGACCCUCAAGGAAUCUCGCCAGAUAAGGAGGCAUUUUCUCACCAAAGCGGAGGCUUCCAUUUCUCACACCCAAGCCAUUUUCGGGGCCGUGAGGCUUCCACCAUCAUAUCCGUCAAUGUGUGCAGUGAAUGGAUGCUGGAAGUCAUUUCCUUUGCCAGGACUCGUCUAAUCAUCAUAGACUUUCUACAAGACCAUCAAGAUCUUUGGAGAGCCAUGUUGGAAGGAGGUCACAUCGAAACUAGGGAUGUUUCCGUGGAAGAGGAUGUUUCAUUACGCAUAGCCCGAGAUAGUUUACUGCGAGCAGAUGAAAAUUGGAAGUUCCUGAUGGCUCCAACCUGGGAUGUGGCAGCUCAGAGGGUGGGGGAAGAGGCAUUGGAGAAAGGGGACAUAUUUGACGAAGGAAGCGGCGCCAUAUUCUACCCUCCUGGUUCAUGGGAUGCCCUGAAUAGCAUUUCUAGUAAUUCUCCAUUUCGUGACUGGGGAUACGUCUUUACCGAUGACGCACCAGGAGCAGUGCCUCAGACUGAAGACCAAGAGAGUGACGAAGUCCGGGACCAGCUCCGACAGAAAGGACUGGAGUGGAAUUACCAGACGGAUACACCUGUGCCUCUGAAAACGAGUGGUAGAGGAGGAGUAUUGGAGUCCCUUUCCCUUUGCCUUACUGGAUCCCUCCUCCACCUUUCUCUCCUUCAGCUACUUUUCUUCCUCAAAGAGGAAGAGAGCAAAUGGAGGACGAAUGGAGGGGAAUCCUUCUCUUCACUCAAGAAUCUCAUGGAACCAUUAUAUUUAUCCCUAUUGUUCCUAACGUCAAAUGUGGAUCAAUGUGGAGAAGCUACCUCCAGUCCAUGGAGAGGGCAGGGUACCCUCUUCCCUAAGGAAAAUCAUCUUCUGCGGAGGGCUGGAUGUGGAGUGGAGAACUCAUACCCUUCCACUGUUGAGAACCGCAUGAGCGCAGCAAUCGCCAAUGGAUUUACCAUGCAACGAAUUCUCAAUAACCAGAAUAUGCCUCUGCUGUGGGACUCAAAUGUUGCUCUUGGGAUUAAGAUUUACCCGGAGAAAAGCCAGUGCUUUCAAUAUGACAGCAUUCAUGUUUUCUAAACCUGUUUCGCCC